UUUUCUCCGCCAUCUUGGGCGUUUGAAGGAGCGGUGGUGGGGUGCGCGUCUUGCAUGUCAAAAGGGCGGCGCCAACCUCCGCAUCCAGUGCCACGUUGGUCUGCUGCUGCAGCUACUAUGGGCACAGUGCCCUUAUAUGCCUUGGGGCUUGGUGGUCCAGGUGCGCGGGAGCCGUGGGACGGAAGGAUUAUGGCUGAACAGCAGUUCUGCCUACGGUGGAACAAUUUCCAGGCAAAUAUUGUGUCAUCCUUUGAAACAUUACUCGACAGAGAAGAAUUUGUGGAUGUAACCUUGACAGCAGAAGGAAAGUCGGUAAAAGCUCACAGAGUCUUGCUUUCAGCAUGCAGCCCAUACUUCAGAGACUUGUUCAGGGAUCUCCCUGCACAUCAACACCCUGUAAUUGUAUUACGUGAUACCAGUUUUACAGAAUUAAAGUCCCUUCUUAGUUUUAUAUAUCAUGGUGAAGUAAAUGUUUCCCAAGAGAGACUAGGGCUCCUUCUCAAAACUGCUGAGGCCCUCCGAAUAAAAGGACUUGCUCAAGACAAGAAAACUAGUGAUAAUGAACAGUUUGGGAGCCUUACUAAUAGUCCUGAGAAGGAGCCAGAAGAGGGACUGGAUAGAGGGGAGCACCGAGGUGGGGGAUCUGGAUCCCCUGCACAAAGUCUUGCCUUUCCAGGGAUAGGCGGCUCCGUCCUGGCCCCCGCCAACCCUCUCGUUCCCCUGGAACCACCAAGCCACAAGCCUCAUCUGCUGCAUUCACCACCGGCAAAACGGAGGAAACCAAUACCAUCACCUCUCGGAGCACCCACUGGACCUACCCCACCCACUCGUGAAAACAAUGUAUCUCAAGCGCCACCAGUAACCUCAAGUUCACACGAAGAGGAUACUUCUGCCAGAGUUAUAAAUUUAACCAUGGGUGCCACUAAUUCCUCUUGCUCCCCUUCACCUAGGAUAAUCCCAAAGGCAGAGUUGUCCUCACCAAGACUCUUGCCUAAAAAUGAGCUGAACGAUGAGGAAGAAGGACCUGGCAGAGGUUGUAUUGGUGGUGGCAGUAGUAGUGGUGGUGGUGGUGGUGGUAGUGUUGGUGGGGCAGAGAGUAGUGAUCAUGAAGGCGAGGAACUACCAGAGGAAGAUUGUAAAGUCCCGCCUGAUUUACAUGGUUUGCCACACCUCUCAGCAGCAGUACAAAACUUCGUGCCAUACGUUGCAGCAGCUGCAGCAGCAGCAGGAUCCUCACAGCUGGAGACCUUUCCGGGGCCAUCAGGAGUGUUACCUCCCGCUAGUCAAGCAGGGUGGAGAGGAGGCCAUUCAGAAUCCAGUGACACCUCAGCUCAAGAUUAUCAAUUGCUUCAAAAAUUACAAUUUAUCAGCGCCUCCCACCAGUACAUGCACUGGCCAUCGCGUCGCCCUGCUGUCUGUCCGGGAUGUGGCAAGUUCUUUAAAUUCAAGUACAAUAUGAAGAUUCAUCUGAAAAAAUGUGUGGCAGCACAGGGUCAUCUGGUUAGUGGGAUGAUGGGUGGCAGUGGUGGAGAUGAAGUUCCAGCGCACCCUUCACUUCCUCCACCACCACCGCCACACCUGCAUCCACACGGCGCUCAUUCCACCUCCUGACUGGCAGCGCUCAACCAGGAUGCCCCGUCCACCAACACUACAAACACUCCUCCUUUGUCUCCAACCAUAUCUCUGCUGCCAUUGACACAAAAUUUGUCACACUCUGCAUCUAUAUUAGCUAAUGAAGCUAGACGGCAGGCUACUGCUGGAGAAAGAAAGUGGUACCCAUUUUAGGGCAUCCUGGGCAAAACUGCUUUUGAGUGUCACGCUGAACCCAUAGGAUGGCUCUCUUUGGACUUUAGACUGGGGCCCCGGAGGAGACUGCAACUACAACCCCAGUGACAAGUCAUCAUGCAGCCUUUAUGGUUAUCCCCGCACUAGUAGAGCUUAUAUUCAAUAUAUAUACAUAAAUAUAUAUAUAUGAACACAUGUGAUUGAUUGUUGAUGUAGUGAAGGCUGCCAUAUGAUGAGAUUUGUCAUAAAUAGGGGUUGAUACAGGGUCGACAUUGUCUUCCAGCUUCCUGUCAUGCGCUGCAAUCUGCUCAUGAAAGAUCAGCUGAGAUGUGAAUUCCAUGUGGUGAAUAUGUAAACACCAAGGUUUUAGCGGCUUAGGUGUGGCAGCAUAGCUGCCCUGUUAUGUAAUUGACAGUUAAUGGUUUAGUUGUAAUAAGUGAGUUUAUGAAUUAAGGAAGUCAAGAUGUUAAUUAUUAAGUACUGGGAGCUUGAUUUUGUGAACUGUCCAGCAGCAGCUUUCUUAAAAGAUGGACGUGCCAAAUGCGGGAUGAUAGAUUUUUACCCUACUGGCCUAGUGUGUGAAGUAAGACGCGAACAGUGGGCUGGCUCCCGCAGAGUUUGCCUGGUGGCAACAGCCAUCACAGCAGCUGGCAUGGCCUCAGCAGCCACAGCAGCAGCAGUAACAGCAAGCAGGCAUCAGUCAACCAGGUUCAGCAUAGCAAUUCAGAUUGGCAGCACAUAGCAGCAGCAGCAGCAGAAAAACAGUCAGGCUCAGUACAAAUAUUACGGGUUACAUUGCUCGUUCCCUUGCUGCCCUGCACAUGGGGCGCAGCUUGUCAGGUGAAACAAUCGAUGUGUGACCUCAGAGACGCUUGCUCACUCUAUGGCAGGGAUCAGUACCUCACAGAGGUGGUGGUCUCGUGUUUUUGCAAACCUCCGUCAGCAUGAGUAAUAUCAAGACUUUUAACAGAGAAUGGUGAUGGAGGUUGCAAAGACAUACCACCACUUCAGCAACCAUAUUUACCUCAUUGCGCUUUAAACAGAGUGGGCCAAAGCAUGGAGCUGUACGCUAGUUAGGCUUCAUGGUGCAAUUCCCACUCUGCCACAUAAAUUAUUUUCCUACAGUACCUCAAGCUUAUGUCAGGGUUACAAGAACCUGACAAUAUCCAAAUUAGUCCAUAAUGCAUUUAUUACAGUGUAAACAUACUACAAUGUUCCUCAGGUAUUUUUUUAUAACUUCUCUGUGGUCCACAGGUCUGAACUCCUCAGGAGAGAGUGCAAUACCCAUUCUCAGUUGACACAGUCUGCUGGGCACCAGAGUCAGGGUAGUCAGGCCAAGCCACCCCCACAUUACUUGUUGCCCAUUGUUUGUAACAUUAUUGUUAUUGUUGAGAUUGAAGAACUAUUAUUUUAAAUGGUAGUAUGGUGGCUCUGCCUACCCUGCCCCGGGUAGUGGGUGAAGCCCAGUAGUAGUGGCAGCAGCAGUAAUGCAGUGGUGCGUCCACUGCACCCACGUACAAUCAGGGUAUCGUCCUCUCCUGGGGCACAAUCUACCUCACAGUGCAAACAUAUUGUAUCCUGUUCUGUAAUAGGAGCACUUUGUAUUGUAGCUACUGACCGACCUACCUAUUUUCCAGUCUCUCCAACCUGGUGAUCAAAGUGACAUGGUUAAACCCGGUCCUCUGGCAGCUUCCAUGACUUGCUCUUUUUAUUAUUAUUAUUAUUACUAUUAUUAUUAUUAUUAUUAUUUUGUGUUUUAGUUUGUUAGCUGUAGAAGGAGGCUGUAUUUCAGAUGAUUAUACAGUCUCCUCCUAAUAUUUUGUAAAAGUGCAGUUAAACUUGUAAUCCUUGUAUGUUUCCUAUCAGUAGAACAUGAAUUUAUAUUAUGAAGCGAGUCAUGAGAAGCUACCAUCCGUGUUCAUAAAAUUGGCAAAUAUAAUAAAUCAUAUUAGUCUGUAAGUAAAAUUUCUCUCUUAAUGAAUGGUUUAUCUUGGUAAAUAACUUGUCAAGCCUUCUCAUUAAUUGGAAGAUAAAUAAUUAAAAAUAACUAAAAAAAAAAAAAUCGGCACUAAUUGUACAUGGUAGCAGGCCAUUGUUGCUGUAGAACCGUGAAGGCAAAGGGUCUGUUUUGAUUUUGUGCUUUUGUUAACCAAAUGCUGUUUUCUGGUCCAGGCACCCUGUUGGUCAAUUUAUUUUCAUUACAAACUAGACUUGGAGCUAGUUAUUGGAUUUAGUUCAUCACAUGGUAAGAAAAUUUACAGGAAGCCUGCUAGGCUUCAAUAUUUAAUCUCAUCCAUAAAUUUUUAGUGCAAAACAUUGUUGUAUAUACAUACACACAUUUCAUUAUAGACUUACAAUAUACAGUGCAAAGUUUUAUGUAAAUAUACCAUCUAAUCCUUUACUGGACUUGAGGUUUUGGUGUAAUUUUCAUUCAUUAAAGGUGGCUGGAAGAUGUAGCACUUGGUAGCUUUCGUGGUUCUCCCCACGCUAAAAGUUGAGAGGGCUCUAAAUUGUAAUUGUAUUUUAACCUUCAUUGACAGGGAAAUUAUUCAAAUGGUGUGGAAGCAUGAGAAUAAAUUUUGUCACUUUGACAUAAUUGUAAUUGGGUUUACUUAAUAAGAUGAUUGAGAUUUAUGACAAUGUAUUCUUGAAAAGGUAUAUGACAGACGUAGGUCUAUAAUUUUACUAAUUGUGUGCUGUGUGAAGGUGCUCCCUCUUAAAUAAUACUGCUUGCAAAAUUUAUUUCUGAAGUGAAUUAAAAAAAAUUGUGUUCAUGGAUACAUAUAGCAGUGGAGUGAGCACACACUUACAGUUUAAACACCCGGUGUUGUUGUGCUGACUUGCGGUUAUAACCAUCAUGUUUAAAUGAGUGUUCUUCUUAUGUUUUGAUAUUUCCACAUUAUUUUUCUCUGCCCAUUUGUGUAUUGUUAAUACAAUAUUCAGAUAGAGGUAUUUACAAUCAUCUUGCACUUCUUAUUUAUAUCUGUUGCUCCAAUCUUUCCUUUGUAUCUA